AUGGAGAAACAUCUCGCCAAUUUCUCCUCCGCUGCGGGGCUGAUCGUGGUCGCAGUCUCUCUUCUCUACAUCCCGUAUUUGUACAAUGCGACUGAAAACAUCACGAACGACCUUGCCGUGAGAAUGGAUCAAUUCCGGGUACAAGGCAUAUGCCAAUGCAGUGGUCAAAAUCAGUGCCCGCCAGGAGCGCCAGGAGCUUCUGGAGCGCCAGGAGUUCCAGGAGAACCUGGAAGGCACGGCAGCAAAGGUCCACCAGGUUUCCCGGAAUCGUUCCACCCCUUGCCGUUCACCGAGACACACCCAAUGCAAAAAGUGUGUCUCCCUGGGCGCAGUUGGACUCCCGGACACGCGGCGCAGCGGACACCGGGAAAAGGAAUUCCUGGGCAGCCCUGGAUUGAUGGCCAACCCAGGAGAGGCAGGCCGCACCUGUGCGUGUCAAGUAAUCCUGGAUCUCCCGGUGCUCCUGGAUUGCCUGGACCACCAGGUGUGCCUGGAGAGCCCGGAAGGGACGGAGAACAAGGCGGAGUGGGACCUGCAGGACCACCUGGUCCAGCUGGACCACCUGGUGGACGUGGACGUAGCGGUGAACCAGGGCAGGCUGGACUUCCAGGAGAACCUGGAGUGCCUGGCGAAAAUGGUGUACCUGGUGAGAAUGGAGCCGGUGGUCAACCUGGAACGCCCUGGUCGUCCUGGACAACCUGGAUCACCAGGACCUGA